AUGGACAACCCGAGCGACUCUUCGCCAGAGGUGGGGUGUUACCCGGCAGCUCCGCCGGUCAUCGACCUUCAGGAUUUCAAGGAGCACCUCGUGAAGCUCCUCGGCGCCGUCGCGGACGAGCAGGACCUCUUCGUAGCCACGGACGGCUCCAGGAAGGAUGGCGAUCAGAGCCCGUACAGGAUGGAGGUUCUCGCGCUUGCGUUGGCCCUCGAGGCGAUUGACAUUGCACGGCGGGCUCCCAAUGGUACGGAGGCGAUUCGGGCGAUCCAGGGCGAGCAGGGCUUCGACUACGCUCUCCUGCUCGACACGAUUCGGCGUUACAUCAAGAAGUUUCGCGACGGCAAGUUGGAAGUCGAGUUUGUCUGGACACCGUCCCAUGGCAAACAGCCCACCUGGGCACCUCAUGGUGGCCUGUGCGAAGCGCAGCUCCGUGCUCUCAAUGAGGCUGCGGACAAAGCGGCACAGGCAUCGAUGGAACGACGCCCUGGUGCCAUAGCAGCUUUGUUGACCGUGCAGUUCACCACCUUGGUGAUGUGCAGUGUGGCUUUCCACGUAUGUGCCAAUAGUUGCACAUUCGCUCUUCUUCAACUCAGACUUGAUGGGCUCUGCGGACCACCUUUGGGCGCAGAGUUCGAACCGAAGUCGUUGCUGGGGGAAAAGCGAGCCCGUGUGGCAUUACUCUGGAAGUCCCGCCAGCGAACAAGGCCUAUAUCUCUCCUGAACGCAGUCUGGCGAGCGGGCACCCGAGUGCUCCAAGCACAACUUGCUCCAUGGAUCGACUCGUGGUCUGAUCACCGGUCGGUUGGAGGACUUCCACAUAACUCCGUGCAGUCAGCCUUGCAGCGCAUCCGACAGGCUUUCGACGAAGGGGCCACUUGCUUUGCCCAAACUGACGUCGCCUCAUAUUUCGACUCCAUACGGAUGCCUGUGCUUCAAUGUGUUUUGCGCCAUAUGAGGUUUCCUCAGGCCAUCCUCCGAGUGCUCGAGGCUUUCUAUGAUGGGGCUCAACGUGUCUUCUCGUUGUCUGGAGCCCUUAGCGAUUCCUGGGCUCGGGUGGACUGUGGCCUGGCACAGGGAUGUCCCCUAUCACCGGUCCUGGCUGCUGUCUUGUCGCAUGUCUGGGCCGUCUAUGUGACCAGUGAUGCCCAGGGUCAGCCCGCCGAGGCCUUAGCGUACGUUGACGACCGCAGCCUUUGGGUUCCCCCUAAUAGGCCCCUAAGUGCCCUCCAGCGUGCAUUGGAGCGUUCAACUGCAUACGACCGUGCCUUUGGGUUUGCACUCUCCUUGGAUAAGUGCGCCUUGAUUCCUCGAACUCGGGGCGUGGAGCAUGAGCGGCUUGCUGCCCAUUUCCACUUCAAGCUUGAGGACACUCUUGAGAUCCUUGGGAUUAGGGCUAGUUUUGAUGGUGACUGGACUUUGCUCCGCUGCAAGACCCGUGCUGCGAUUCUUCGGGCACGUUUGCUCGGCUGGACCACCAAUAACCGACACUUCAGGCGUCAGCUCCUGCUGUCGCUGGUGGUCUCGCCUUUUGCAUGGGCUGCUGGGUUUGCUCGUCCCAGCACAGAGGAGAUGAGCACUUUGCGUAAUGAGAUCGAACAAGCCUUUUCCAAAUCUUUUUCUACUAAUUUCGCCAGAGUCUGCCUCUACGAGACUCUGGGUUGGGAGAUCCACCCUGACUUUGCCUGUGACUUGGGGGCCCUACGCCUCCUGUGGAAAAUGUGCGUGCAAGCCAUGAUCCCUGAGGCUCCGAGCCUUUUGCAGCGGCUGCAAUGGUACUUGGACCCUGCUGGUUCUGCGUUGUCUCGCAUCGAUCGUGCUGGCCGGCAGCGGACCGUGCGACCGGGACGUGACGGCUUCCUUGUGGUGCGCCAGUGGCUCCGCCAACACUUCCGUCAGGCUGCUGUGGCACGCACGGGCAGGAUCCACCACAGCCUGCGCCGUGACGACCCGCAGCUCGCUACUGGCUUGCGUCUGCCUAGGCCUGACAUGACCCUUGAUUACCACUUUGGAGGCCACCACAGGGCCCUUGCCAUGAAUCGGCGUGACACUGACCUCACCGUGCUUGGGGCUGGUGGCACCUGCUGGCAUUAUAAUGCCGGCGAUCACUUUGGGGAAGGGUGCACCGCUCAUCUCCGUGCUGGCCUCCGCAUGCCCCGCGACAGGUGUGAGGAGCGCCUUCUACUUCAUGGGGUUCCCGAGCAGCCUCCUGCUCCGCCCGCGUUGGAUCCCGACGAGCUCUAUGAGGAUUUGGUGCAGGAGCUUUGCAAUCUCAUGCGAGAGGCUGCUGUCAUCCAUCUGGCCACUGAUGGGUCGGAGCAUCAGGACAUUGGGGCUUUUGCUGUCGUGGUUCAGCCUGGUGGUUACCGCUGUGCCAUAGGAAACGGCGAGGAGGACCAAACGUCCUACAAGCAAGAACUCUUGGGUCUCGACUUGGCUACACGUGCUGCUCUCGAUGCGGCGCGGUCUACUGGGUGGACUGGCAGGAUCGUCUUCGUCGUCGACUGUCAGGCCGUGCUGCGAGUCGUGCUGAGGCAGGGUGACCACUUCUCGUACUUGUUGCACAUCGUCAACCAGGUUCGACGAGCUCUCGGGUCUCUUGAGGCCCUCGGCGUGCAAUUGACCCAUGCCUGGGUGCCCUCGCACGGGAAGCGACCGAGCUGGGAAGUCAUGGUCGUGCUGCUUGGUGGCGACUUCGUGAAGAGGCUCCGCCUCCGCCGGCUGCUGCUGAUGGAGAUGAUGGCGGGUGAUGCUGGGCUGCUCCGGCUUCUUUUCGCGGGCCCUGGUGCCAUAGCAGCUUUGGUGACCGUGCCAUUCACCACCUUGGUGAUGAGGCCUAUAUCUCUCCUGAACGCAGUCUGGCGAGCGGGCACCCGAGUGCUCCAAGCACAACUUGCUCCAUGGAUCGACUCGUGGUCUGACCACCGGUCGGUUGGAGGACUUCCACAUAACUCCGUGCAGUCAGCCUUGCAGCGCAUCCGACAGGCUUUCGACGAAGGGGCCACUUGCUUUGCCCAAACUGACGUCGCCUCAUAUUUCGACUCCAUACGGAUGCCUGUGCUUCAAUGUGUUUUGCGCCAUAUGAGGUUUCUUCAGGCCAUCCUCCGAGUGCUCGAGGCUUUCUAUGAUGGGGCUCAACGUGUCUUCUCGUUGUCUGGAGCCCUUAGCGAUUCCUGGGCUCGGGUGGACUGUGGCCUGGCACAGGGAUGUCCCCUAUCACCGGUCCUGGCUGCUGUCUUGUCGCAUGUCUGGGCCGUCUAUGUGACCAGUGAUGCCCAGGGUCAGCCCGCCGAGGCCUUAGCGUACAUUGACGACCGCAGCCUUUGGGUUCCCCCUAAUAGGCCCCUAAGUGCCCUCCAGCGUGCAUUGGAGCGUUCAACUGCAUACGACCGUGCCUUUGGGUUUACACUCUCCUUGGAUAAGUGCGCCUUGAUUCCUCGAACUCGGGGCGUGGAGCAUGAGCGGCUUGCUGCCCAUUUCCACUUCAAGCUUGAGGACACUCUUGAGAUCCUAGGGAUUAGGGCUAGUUUUGAUGGUGACUGGACUUUGCUCCGCUGCAAGACCCGUGCUGCGAUUCUUCGGGCACGUUUGCUCGGCUGGACCACCAAUAACCGACACUUCAGGCGUCAGCUCCUGCUGUCGCUGGUGGUCUCGCCUUUUGCAUGGGCUGCUGGGUUUGCUCGUCCCAGCACAGAGGAGAUGAGCACUUUGCGUAAUGAGAUCGAACAAGCCUUUUCCAAAUCUUUUUCUACUAAUUUCGCCAGAGUCUGCCUCUACGAGACUCUGGGUUGGGAGAUCCACCCUGACUUUGCCUGUGACUUGGGGGCCCUACGCCUCCUGUGGAAAAUGUGCGUGCAAGCCCCUCGCUGGCUGGACACGGUCCCUCUUCACCGCGCGACUUUCAGCUGGGAGGCCAUGAUCCCUGAGGCUCCGAGCCUUUUGCAGCGGCUGCAAUGGUACUUGGACCCUGCUGGUUCUGCGUUGUCUCGCAUCGACCGUGCUGGCCGGCAGCGGACCGUGCGACCGGGACGUGACGGCUUCCUUGUGGUGCGCCAGUGGCUCCGCCAACACUUCCGUCAGGCUGCUGUGGCACGCACGGGCAGGAUCCACCACAGCCUGCACCGUGACGACCCGCAGCUCGCUACUGGCUUGCGUCUGCCUAGGCCUGACAUGACCCUUGAUUACCACUUUGGAGGCCACCACAGGGCCCUUGCCAUGAAUCGGCGUGACACUGACCUCACCGUGCUUGGGGUGGCACCUGCUGGCAUUAUAAUGCCGGCGAUCACUUUGGGGUGCACCGCUCAUCUCCGUGCUGGCCUCCGCAUGCCCCGCGACAGGUGUGAGGAGCGCCUUCUACUUCAUGGGGUUCCCGAGCAGCCUCCUGCUCCGCCCGCGUUGGAUCCCGACGAGCUCUAUGAGGAUUUGGUGCAGGAGCUUUGCAAUCUCAUGCGAGAGGCUGCUGUCAUCCAUCUUGCCACUGAUGGGUCGGAGCAUCAGGACAUUGGGGCUUUUGCUGUCGUGGUUCAGCCUGGUGGUUACCGCUGUGCCAUAGGAAACGGCGAGGAGGACCAAACGUCCUACAAGCAAGAACUCUUGGGUCUCGACUUGGCUACACGUGCUGCUCUCGAUGCGGCCGUGCUGCGAGUAGUGCUGAGGCAGGGUGACCACUUCUCGUACUUGUUGCACAUCGUCAACCAGGUCAUGGUCGUGCUGCUUGGUGGCGACUUCGUGAAGAGGCUGCUGCCUGGGAACUCAAUGCAAUCCAGGCUUCGGCCACUGCCGGCAAACACCUUCAUGAUGCUCUUCGACGACAUGGUCUCCGGCCUUGCGAGGCUCCGCCUCCGCCGGCUGCUGCUGAUGGAGAUGAUGGCGGGUGAUGCUGGUCGACUGGUCUUGCGCGGGAGCCACUUCACAGCAGCUGCAGAGAUGGACUUGGCUCGUUUGUUUGCUUGUUUGCUUCCUACUCUGCUCCUGAUGUUCAGUGCUGCAGCGGCGGUUGCGGUGCCGGAGAUGGAUUAUGCGUCGCUGCGCGCAGAUGUCGUGAAAGCCUACGCUCAGCAGGCAGCCGAGAUGACGCAGUCGCUGAGCGUCUUGCAAGCAAUUAGCACAGACACAGCUGCGGUGCUAACUCGCUUGCAGAGAGGUUGUGCGCCGCAAGAUGGCGGCGUGCAGUUUCAGGUGUGCAUGUUGUGCGUGGUGAAUGCUAUGGCUGCUAUGGCCGCAGUGGUGAAGCCUUGCCUUCUGUUGUCCUUGAUGCUGCCUGCAGCUGCGCAGCGUUUCGCUUCCUUCGAUGCAGCUACAGCCUCGAGCAUCUACUCUUCCAAGACCUUCGGAGCCGAGCUUGCAACCACGGAGUCUUCGGGGUAUUGGUGCAGCGCGGGGAACCACGAGCCGGGCCAGACCGUGUCCUGGACUGGCACCUUCAGAUCACGGAGACAGCUACUUGGCCUCACUUUGCGAUGGAGCUAUGCUCCAGGAGAGAUCAAGGUUCUCACUAGCGCAGACGGUGGCAACUUUCAGGAGAGUGUCGGCUGGAGCAGGCUAUCAAGAUCGGAGCCCAGCUUCGAGGACACUGUCUUGUUCCCGGAGCCAGUGACUGCGAAAGCUGUCAAAGUGCUAAUGCGUGGCGCGAAGCCUUGGGGAUACUUCGGGCUGUCCAAUGCAGUUGCGAUGUCGGGGCCAUCCGCUUACAUGCUCGUGAGCGGUGCUCCAGCAGCCCAAGAGCAAUGCCUUGUCGCAGCUGGCGGUGGUGUGGAAGCAAAGCCCUGCGUCGAUGCCAUUGUGGCUGGCACAGGUGCCGAGGUGUUCUCCAGCAGUGUGGAAGGGCAACUACAGACGUUGGGCGGAAGUUGCUUGGGAGUUGUGGCCGGCAAGGUGUCUUUGGUGGAAUGCCGAGAAGGGCAAGGAAGUUGGGUAGUCAGCCAGGACGGGCAAGUCAAGCAAGGCAACACUUGCUUGGUGGUGGCUGGAUCGAAGGUUGCAGCCGCUGACUGCGAUGAUGCCUCCAGCACAGGUGGCGACAAGUUCUUCCAGGUGGCAGUUCCAGAGCAUGACCCUGCGGCUGUGCUUGCGGUGCAGGAGGUGGGAAUGCUGUUGCGUGCUAGCGUGGCAAGGCAGCGAAGUUUGGUGAAGUCCCUGCAGCAUCUCGCUCCAAAGCUUGGGUCUUGCAGGCCUGUGAGCCUGGUCGCAAGCAAGACUUGGCCAGCCUUCGUGCAGUUCGGCACAGUCGGGUCAUCUGCUGGGCGUGCAGCGCUCGACGAGUCGCUGCCGGUCAAGGUCGCUGACACGUUUGGUCCUGGCAGGGCAGCGCUCGCGUCAGUGCUUGCGGCGUCUUCGGACACCCUCAAGCUUUUGAACCGAGCUUUGUUGGACCUUCUGGCCAACUUUGACAGACCUACGUCCGACCAAUGCGGAUCGCGCAGAAGACGGAUCGACUUCGCGAUUCAGCAUGCUCAGCUCCCGGCUCAGACGGUCGCUCAUCAUGAGGGCCCUUCAGAUCACUUGGUUGUUGCUUACACUUACGACGUGGCUCCCUUGAUGAGACGUGGGCCCCGCCGCCGCGUGAUACGAUCGGACGUCACUAAGGAGCAGGCGGCUGCAAGUUUUGCAGAGUGGUCCCCGGUGGCCUUGCAGGCUGCCUUAGAGGACUGCGAUGUCGAGACUGCCUGGGCUUUGCUUUCUGAUAGUGCCGAGGACGCCCUGUGUGAUCCUGAUGAGUGUGCAGUUAGGCGGUCUGAGCACUGGCAUCCCCAAGCCCCUAGCCUUACCCCUAAAUCCAGCAAGAGGCCCGAGCGCUCCCCAGGCUUGCGAGCUCUGCUCCGUCUCCACUCUCGCCUUCAGACUGCAGUGGCGUCGCCACACCACCGACAACUCCAGCAGUGCAUUUGGAAGUCUUUGCGAGGUGUGCGUCAGCUGGUGCCCGAGCUGCCUUACUUCACCGUGAUCGAUCAAGCCAUGCUGACUGUUGUGUCGGACCUGGUUACAGCUUACGUGGAUGCCGAGCGGAAAACCUCCAAGGCACAGUGGAGACACCGCGUCCGUAGUGACAUCACGGCGGCCCGAAGCUACAUCAAGAAGCGGACGGACGCCAUCCUUCAAUGGGAACACGAGCAAGCCAGUGCCAUGGCCCCGCGGACUGGCCGACACCCUGCUGUUGAAGUUGAUCGUCAGGCCGCCAUCUGGCAUCAAACCUGGCGCUCCCGACCUGGCUCUCGAGCUGCCCUUGACCCGAUCUUGGCGGCUACCCCGAGGCCAGAAAGCACCGACGCUGUGUUUGACAUCACAGCGGCGGCGCUGAAGGCCGCGACAGGCACCAUGCAUGCCAAAGCUCCUGGCCCAGACUCGUGGCCUGCGUCAGCUCUGGUCUUGAUGCCAGACUCUUGGUGGGAGUGCGCCGCAGCCCUCUGGCGCUGCGUCUUGCAAACCGGCCGCAUCCCUCGUGCCUGGACCCGCGGACGGACCAGCCUCCUCUGGAAAGCCUCCGGCAAAUCGCGCCCGAUAACUGUGCUCCCCAUUCUUUGGCGGGCCGGAGCCAAGUUGAUCAAUGAGCAGCUGGCAGGAUGGUGCAUGUCGUGGCGCACCGCUCGAGACACAGGCGGUUUGCCGGGAACCAGUGUGGCUGCAGCUUUACAACAACUCCAUUUUGAGACCCAGCAAGGCUUCCGAGCCGUCGCUCAACAAGACAUCGCCAGCUUUUUCGACAGCCUGGAGUAUGGCGCUACUGAGGCAAUCUUGACCCAUCUCAAGGCGCCUCCGGAGCUCGUCCGCCUUUUCACGAACGCAUGUGCGCAAUCUCAACGCAUUUUUGCGCUGGAAGGAGCGCUAAGCAAAGACUGGUAUCGACCUACCAGAGGACUUCCUCAGGGUUGUCCUCUCAGCCCGCUAAUAGCGGCGGCCGUCACACACGUGUGGGCAUGCCACGUCCUUGGCGUCGAGGAUCAAGUCGACAGGCCCAUCACAGGCUACGGCUAUGUCGAUGACCGGGUCCUACUGCUCAGGCGUCAUGGAUCCUUCCAGGACCUCGCUCUGGCUGUGGAGCGUUCGAACCAGUUUGACCGGGCCAUGCAACUUGAGGUUUCGUUGCCCAAAUGUGCCAUCAUUGCUGAGGCGUCGUGUCAGGAGGCUGCUGCUCUUGCUAGGACUCUCGGCUACAAGCACUUGCAGGAUCUGGAAACCUUAGGUGUGGUGGUCCCUCAGCACGGCCCUUGGCGGCUCCUGAAGUUCUCACUUCGCAAACUGCAGGUUCGGCUUCAACUUCUUCGAUCUCUAGGGCUGCCUAACAGAACGAUUGGGCUCCUGCUGCGCUCGCUAAUUGUGCCAUGCUUCACGUGGGCUGCUGCCUACGCUGCACCGGACGCGGCGGAGCUGACUGCCAUCAGACAGGAGAUCAACCACAUGACUGCUCGAUUCUCCACUUUUGGUUGUGCGAGGGUCCUGCUUCAUGAGACGAUUGGGUGGUUCUUGGACCCCCAAUUCUGCUUGGAUGUGGCCACCCUGCGGGCCUACUGGCGCUCUGUCGUGCAGCCGAUGGAUUGGACUGAGGCCCUUCCUCUGUCGGAGCUGCAAGGCUAUGUGAUCAAGGCACUGCCCAUGCUGGAGCCGACGCUGCAACGCUUGCAGUGGGCACUCUCUGCCGACACUAAGGUGCUUCAAUGUUGGGAUGUUGAGGGUUCCCUUAGGUUGCUGCAUGUGGGUUACGAGUCUUUCCAGGUCCUGCUGCAAUGGCUCAGGCACCACUACCGUCGACUCUAUGUGGGUCGUGCAGGCCGCGUGUGGCGACCCAACCGCAGGACUGAUGAUGAUGCUGCAGCUGUGGGACUGCGACUUCCACCGCCCUCGCGUGACGCUCAAUUCGCUUUCGGAGGCCACCGUGAGUGCUUCCGGGCUCGGGCUGCGGGCAGUGACCGAGAGUUGCUCCUCGCCUCCAUUGGCGCGGGGGCUUCCAAUUGGCACUACAAUGCAGGCGGCAACUUUAACAGCGAUCAUGCUCGACAUAAGUGUGCGUGUGGUGGCACCCACCCCAGCAGGCCUCACCUCGCGUGGUCAUGUACGCAUUUUCAGGCGAUGCGGGCCGACAUUCAGCCCCCGGCUCACACUGCUCAGGAGCGACUCUUCGCCAUGGAGGUGGGGUGUUACCCGGCAGCUCCGCCGGCCAUCGACCUUCAGGAUUUCAAGGAGCACCUCGUGGAGCUCCUCGGCACCUUCGCAGACGAGCAGGACCUCUUCGUAGCCACGGACGGCUCCAGCAAGGAUGGCGUGGGCUCCUCGGGCAUUGCUGUUCAGCAUCCUGACUCGGUAGCUGCUUUCGGCGAUGGGCUGGAGGAUCAGAGCCCGUACAGGAUGGAGGUUCUCGCGCUUGCGUUGGCCCUCGAGGCGAUUGACAUUGGCUGCGGACAAAGCGGCACAGGCAUCGAUGGAACGACGUUGGGGAGGCGAGGCAAUUGCGUGGUUGAUGUUGCUGGGGACGGCGACUCCGGCAACCCCGUGGCGCUUGGGCUGCUGCUGGCUUUGGCUGAUGGCGGCCUCCGGCGAACUGAUCGACUGGUCUUGCGCGGGAGCCACUUCACAGCAGCUGCAGAGAUGGACUUGGCUCGUUUGUUUGCUUGUUUGCUUCCUACUCUGCUCCUGAUGUUCAGUGCUGCAGCGGCGGUUGCGGUGCCGGAGAUGGAUUAUGCGUCGCUGCGCGCAGAUGUCGUGAAAGCCUACGCUCAGCAGGCAGCCGAGAUGACGCAGUCGCUGAGCGUCUUGCAAGCACUCAGCACAGACACAGCUGCGGUGCUAACUCGCUUGCAGAGAGGUUGUGCGCCGCAAGACGGCGGCGUGCAGUUUCAGGUGUGCAUGUUGUGCGUGGUGAAUGCUAUGGCUGCUAUGGCCGCAGUGGUGAAGCCUUGCCUUCUGUUGUCCUUGAUGCUGCCUGCAGCUGCGCAGCGUUUCGCUUCCUUCGAUGCAGCUACAGCCUCGAGCAUCUACUCUUCCAAGACCUUCGGAGCCGAGCUUGCAACCACGGAGUCUUCGGGGUAUUGGUGCAGCGCGGGGAACCACGAGCCGGGCCAGACCGUGUCCUGGACUGGCACCUUCAGAUCACGGAGACAGCUACUUGGCCUCACUUUGCGAUGGAGCUAUGCUCCAGGAGAGAUCAAGGUUCUCACUAGCGCAGACGGUGGCAACUUUCAGGAGAGUGUCGGCUGGAGCAGGCUAUCAAGAUCGGAGCCCAGCUUCGAGGACACUGUCUUGUUCCCGGAGCCAGUGACUGCGAAAGCUGUCAAAGUGCUAAUGCGUGGCGCGAAGCCUUGGGGAUACUUCGGGCUGUCCAAUGCAGUUGCGAUGUCGGGGCCAUCCGCUUACAUGCUCGUGAGCGGUGCUCCAGCAGCCCAAGAGCAAUGCCUUGUCGCAGCUGGCGGUGGUGUGGAAGCAAAGCCCUGCGUCGAUGCCAUUGUGGCUGGCACAGGUGCCGAGGUGUUCUCCAGCAGUGUGGAAGGGCAACUACAGACGUUGGGCGGAAGUUGCUUGGGAGUUGUGGCCGGCAAGGUGUCUUUGGUGGAAUGCCGAGAAGGGCAAGGAAGUUGGGUAGUCAGCCAGGACGGGCAAGUCAAGCAAGGCAACACUUGCUUGGUGGUGGCUGGAUCGAAGGUUGCAGCCGCUGACUGCGAUGAUGCCUCCAGCACAGGUGGCGACAAGUUCUUCCAGGUGGCAGUUCCAGAGCAUGACCCUGCGGCUGUGCUUGCGGUGCAGGAGGUGGGAAUGCUGUUGCGUGCUAGCGUGGCAAGGCAGCGAAGUUUGGUGGAGUCCCUGCAGCAUCUCGCUCCAAAGCUUGGGUCUUGCAGGCCUGUGAGCCUGGUCGCAAGCAAGACUUGGCCAGCCUUCGUGCAGUUCGGCACAGUCGGGUCAUCUGCUGGGCGUGCAGCGCUCGACGAGUCGCUGCCGGUCAAGGUCGCUGACACGUUUGGUCCUGGCAGGGCAGCGCUCGCGUCAGUGCUUGCGGCGUCUUCGGACACCCUCAAGCUUGGGAGGCGAGGCAAUUGCGUGGUUGAUGUUGCUGGGGACGGCGACUCCGGCAACCCCGUGGCGCUUGGGCUGCUGCUGGCUUUGGCUGAUGGCGGCCUCCGGCGAACUGAGUUACUGCCUCGACUUCUUCUGAGGCCCUGGUGCCAUAGCAGCUUUGGUGACCGUGCCAUUCACCACCCUGGUGAUGAGGACACAAGUAGAGACGAGUCGACUGGUCUUGCGCGGGAGCCACUUCACAGCAGCUGCAGAGAUAUGGACUUGGCUCGUUUGUUUGCUUGUUUGCUUCCUACUCUGCUCCUGAUGUUCAGUGCUGCAGCGGCGGUUGCAGUGCCGGAGAUGGAUUAUGCGUCGCUGCGCGCAGAUGUCGUGAAAGCCUGCGCCCAGCAGGCAGCCGAGAUGACUCAGUCACUGAGCGUCUUGCAAGCACUCAGCACAGACACAGCUGCGGUGCUAACUCGCUUGGAGAGCGCCUGUGCCUAG